AUGUUGACCAGCACCACAGCGGGGGGAAGUCUAGGCAGAUAUUCAUCGUUGAGAUCAUCCUCGAAUGGAAGUUCCACCAGCGUGUACGCUGGAGGAUCCCUCUCAUCCGCAACGGGCAGGACCCCACUGCCUCGGCGGUCCCGGCGUCUGAAAGAAAAGCAGCUCGCCCAGAACGGGUUCGCUCCCGGAGAGGGUGGUGGCGCCACCAGCACCUCCGCCUCAUCCUCCUCCGACGGCGACCUCACCGAAUCCGCCACCAGCGAAACCGACGGCGGCAGCCCCCGCCCCCUCGGCCGCUUACGUUCCAUUCCCUCCUUCACAUCAGACGGCGAGUACUCCUCCUCCUCAUCCCUGUCGCAUAUACCCCGCCACAUUUCGUCGCCGCGAAGACAUAGACAACCCGUUAAGAAGACCCUAAUUCUGGAUCUGGACGAGACGCUGAUACAUUCCACGUCGAGGGGAAGCAAGUACCAUCAUCAUAUGGUGGAGGUUUUGGUGGAUCGGCAUGUGUGUCUUUACUAUGUGUAUAAGCGGCCCCAUUGUGAUUUGUUUCUCAGAAAGGUCAGUGAAUGGUACAAAGUGGUAAUAUUCACGGCAUCGAUGGCCGAAUACGCGGAUCCGGUCGUCGACUGGCUCGAUCCCCAGCGCAAGAUAUUUGCCGCCCGCUAUUUCAGACAGUCAUGUCUAUUACGGCACGGCUUCUACAUCAAAAACCUCGCAGUCGUAGAACCCGACCUCUCCCGCGUCUGCCUCGUCGACAACUCGCCAAUAUCCUACCAACUAAACGAAGACAACGGCAUCCCAACAGACACCUGGGUCGGCGACACGCAGGACGAAGGCCUGCUGGACCUCCUCCCAUUUUUGGACGCCCUGCGGUUCGUGGAGGAUGUGAGGCAUGUCAUCUCGAUGAAAUAA